UCCUCUCCAACGGGUUUAAGAGUUUGCAGGUGGGUGGAGCUUCUCCGUCUACGUCUACCUACGUGAGACUUACGAAGCAGCAUCGGGUGGGGUUUUUUGUGUGAAAUCGAACCAGGAAAUUCAAAAAGUGUUGAGAGUGAAAAGAAGAGUCUUCGAGAGGAGCAGCGGCUGGAGGAUAUUCGAUUCCUCUUUUCUUGUUUUUGACUCCGUGGGAAUCAGAUCAAAUUAGCCAUGCUUUCUCCAGCAAACUUUGUCCAAGCGUUUUAAUACUGCGCUUCAUUUCGUUCGCAUGAACUUGGAGGGAAAACGUGACGUUUGAAAUCUUAGUGCCUGAGAAAAGCAGCCAUCAUGAUGGACAGUGAUAGUAUGAUGUUUCGCCACAAGCUUCUGGCAAUUGGUGAGAACCUAGGGCAGGAAGAUACGGAGGCUCUUAAAUUUUUCUGCAUUGACUUCAUCCCCUUAAAGAAGUUGGAAACUGUGGAGUCGGCACAGGAUAUUUUCCAGUUCCUCAUGAAUGAAGACUUGUUAAAUGAGGAGGAUUCCUUUAUACUAGCAGAGCUUCUGUACAGAAUUAAGAAUAUCUCCCUGCUCCGGAAACUUGGCUAUACCAAAGAGGAAGUUAAAAACGAUCUGCCUCAGAGAGGGAGGGUGUCUGAAUUCCGACAGAUGCUGUAUGUUUUGUCAGAAGGGUUCACUAAGGAAGAAGUGAAGGAUGUCGUGUUCCUUCUGAGGAACCAUAUUCCAAAGAAGCAAUCCACUACUUCUGUUUUAGAACUACUGACUUCCCUGGAGAAGCAAGAACUUUUGACAGAGACCAACCUCUCUCUGCUGGAAGAUAUCUGUAAUAAAAUAGCACCUGACCUCCUGAAAGUACUGACAAAAUAUAAAGAAAGACAAGAUCCGUGCACUGCUGAAGAACUGGAGCACAUGGGGGAGCAUGCUGGAAGUGUGCACUCAGUUGCUGAAAAUCAAGAUGUAAAAGCAGGAAAUGUGCAAGAACUGAGCUUGCAGCAGCCUGUGGGAAAUGAUGAAUUGAAACCUACUGUGGAGAAAUCAGCUGUCUAUAAAAUGGAUGGGCCACACAGAGGAUAUUGCCUCAUUUUCAAUAAUGUCAAUUUCACAGGGGAUCUCAAAGCAAGGGAAGGAUCUCAAAAAGAUGCCUUGGAACUGGAACGUGUUUUUACAUGGCUUGGAUUUGAUGUGAAAAAGUAUGAUGACAAGGAGUCGAUAGAAAUUGAGGAACUUCUGCAGAAUUGGCAAUCCUGUGAAAGCUGGAAAGACAGUGAUUGCCUUGUAUGCUGCAUUCUGUCUCAUGGCAAAUCUGGAGAAAUUUAUGCAACGGAUGGGCGUCUCAUCCCAAUCCGUGCUAUCACGUCCUACUUCACAGCCAGACAGUGUCCUUUGCUGGCUAAUAAGCCCAAACUCUUUUUUAUCCAGGCAUGUCAAGGUACAAAGAUUCAACAGCCUGUCUAUCUUGAGCCGGACACCCAAGGCCCUGACUCCCUUGCAGCAGAUGCGCAGACUUCAGGAUUUGUUUCUGAACAGCAGAUGCUCUCAAGUAUUCCAGAAGAAGCAGACUUCCUUCUUGGCAUGGCUACCGUGGAUGGUUAUUUUUCUUUCCGUCAUGUACAACAUGGCACAUGGUUCAUUCAGGCUCUCUGUGACAUGCUGCGGGAUCUGGUACCAAGAGGUGAAGAUGUCUUGUCCAUUCUUACAGCAGUCAAUGCAGACGUGAGCAACCGUUCAGACUCUCAUGGGUUAAAGAAGCAGAUGCCACAGCCAGCUUACACCCUCAGGAAGAAACUGAUAUUUCCUGUGCCCAGUGAUCCUUUUCCACUGUUAUAGUAGCUGUAGAAUUUUUGUUGGCCAUCAAUCAUUGUGGAUCAUUGAAGACCACUUGACUAGUGGUUUUGGUUGUAGAAAAAGUAAAGCUAUCUCCGUCUUGGCUUUCAAAUAAUCUUCCCCAUGCUUUGAGCAUACCAGAGAAUUCCACUUAGAAUUUGUGUCUGGAUGGUGAGAGAGAAGCCAUCUCAUCUUCUCUCUGCCUUCCACCAAUGGGAGUGUGGAUUUGUACUUCAGCUGUCCAUGUACCAUAUUGACAUACUCCUAUCUAGUCAUUUCUGCAAAUGGUAGCCUCAACAUAUAAAUACAAGCACCCCAGCCCAAACAACCACUCAGCAUUUUGAGAUAUUUUUUUCCUCCCAGUAAUUUACUUGUAGCCUACUGUAUCUGCCAUUAUGCUUCAAGCCCCACCUGUUAUAUCAUCUAAACAGAGCCUCUGUUGGCAGAGCCAAUCAUACUAGGUACUGUGAACCAGUACAGCAAGAAGAUUGCUUUCAUGUGCUGCUUGGAACUUCCAGAGGUAACUGCUUAAUACUGGACUGAAUGGAUCCUGAUCUGAUUCUAGAAUUGCCACAACAGAAGUAUCAUCAGCUUUUACUUUGAGAGAACUACCUUGGGGGCCAGAUCCCUUUUAACAAUGAUUUAUGUACACGUGUAGUGUAUCAAAGAUGCUUCUUUUCUCACAGCCAUCAUCAUGGCAAGAAAAGUGUCAUCUGUUGAUUUCUAUCUAGCACAGUGCCACUAUCCAUUUAAUAACGUUCAAGGUUGGGGAUGUUAUGAUUUGUUAUUGGACUACAACUACAACUUCCCUUGAUCCUUGUGCAUUGGCCAUGCAGGCUGGAGUCCAACGUAUAUAUUCAUACCAACUGCAGGCAAUUAUUUUAGCAAGUUGUAACUUAGCAUGGUUUUCACAGAAUAUGGAAGUAAAUAGGGAAGAUGAGGCUAGCGCACUCUUGCCCUUUAGAAGUCCUCUCCUUCCCAACCCUUGCAUGUCUGUACAAGAUUAAAAGCUUGGGUUGGUGGAUUUUUAGAAGGCAAAUGGGGCUACCGGUGGCUUGUGCCAGACAAAGAAUUAAAAGGUCUCACAAUAACAAGUUGUGGAAAGACAGUAAAUAGGAAAAGAGCUCAUAUGCAGGUCCUCUAGGAAAUAGGUUAGAGAACAUCUGUCCUGUUCUAUAGGGUUUGGAAAUAAAGUCUGAGCAUUACAAUCAGCAGAAUGAGGGACACAGUGUGAAAAGAAAAUCAAGAUGACAAGUGACAAAAUGCUAAUCUAGGCUGUCUGAUUGAGAAGACCUCAAGAAGGAAAGCGAAGAGACUGUAAAUGCUGGGACAAGAUAGGCAAAGAGGAAAUAGUACUACUGUUCACCUCAGAUCCCUAAAAAGAAGGGAAUUACCUCUACCAGCAAAAAAAUAGAAAACCCCAAUCAAUAUACCUUUAAGGGCUCAUUGUGUGAGUGUCUUACAGACACAAUUAAUAAAAACCCAUUAUUUGUACAGUCGUGUUACAUGAAUAAAUUAAAUUGUUUUGACAUACA